GAGAGAGACGGGCAGCAGCGUCGCAGCGCCGUGAACGGAGAGCGGCUCUCGGGGCUUUUGUGUUGUGGAUGUGAAUGAGUCUCCAUCGCCUCCAUCACCAGACAUGUGGACGGAUUUAAGGACGCUGGUACUAUUGCAUCUCUUCGUCCUGAGGCUUCAUCUGUCGGAAGCCUCGGACGAGUGUGAGGAUGGACAGUUUCAGUGCCACAACAAAAGGUGUAUUCCGACCAUCUGGCGGUGCGACGACGACGACGACUGCUCGGACAACAGCGACGAGGAGAACUGUCCCAGGAAAACCUGUGCCCCCGCGGAGUUCGCCUGUUUGAAUGGCCAGUGUGUCCCAGGGCGCUGGCGCUGCGACGGGGAACCGGAGUGUCCCGACGGCUCCGAUGAGGCGGAGGAGACCUGCAGCAAACAGACAUGCCCUCCGGAGAAAUUUGACUGCGGGGGAUCCACAAACAAGUGUGUCUCGUUGUCAUGGCGAUGUGACGGGGAGAAGGACUGUGAGAACGGGGCUGAUGAGGAGGACUGCGCUUCUGAUGCCAAGGCCUGCCCCAGCGGCGAGUUCAUGUGUGCCAACCGCAAGUGCUUGGCAGCCGUCUACGUGUGCGACGGGGACGACGACUGCGGGGACGGCAGCGAUGAGCUCAAGUGCACCUCCCCGCUCACCUGCGGGCCCAACCACCUCCGUUGCAACACCUCGGAGUGUGUGCCGCUCAUGUGGAGCUGCGACGGAGACCCCGACUGCUCCGACAGUUCCGACGAGGGGCCAGAGCGCUGCGGCGGGGACGGGGUCCCGUACCUGCUGAACCGCCGGGCAAACUGCACGGCCGGGGAGUUCCGCUGUGCCAACGGGGAGUGUGUGCGACUGACCUGGAAGUGUGACGGAGAUCCAGACUGCAAGGACAAAUCGGAUGAGUCCGACUGCCCCCUGUUGACGUGUCGUCCCGACGAGUUCCAGUGCGGUGACGGCUCCUGCAUCCACGGCACCAAGCAGUGUAACAAGGUCCACGACUGUCCGGACCGCAGUGACGAAUCCGGCUGUGUCAACGCCACCAAAUGUGAGGGGCCGCUGAAGUUUCUGUGUAAGAACGGAGAGUGUAUUGACAGCUCCAAGGUGUGCGACUCUGUCAAGGACUGCAAGGAUCGAUCAGACGAGCCCAAGAAGGAGUGUGGGCUGAAUGAGUGUAUGAUCAACAACGGCGGCUGCUCUCACGUCUGCAUGGACCGACCAAUCGGCUUUGAGUGCCAGUGCCCCGCGGGCUACCAGCUGCUGGACAAAAAGACCUGUGGAGACAUCGAUGAGUGUGAGUUCCCCGAUGCCUGCAGCCAGAUCUGCAUCAACUACAAGGGGGAUUUUAAGUGUGAAUGCUAUGAAGGUUAUGAGAUGGACCCCGUCACGAAGACCUGCAAGGCAGAGGGGAAAAGCCCCUACCUGCUGUUCACCAACCGGCACGAGAUCCGACGCAUCGACCUGGUGAAGCGGGACUACAGCCAGGUGGUGUCCACCCAGAAGAACGCAGUGGCUCUGGACCUGGACGUGGCCAACAACCGCGUCUUCUGGUGCGACCGCUUUCACCGCAAAAUCUACAGUGCCUUCAUCCACGAGGCCGGCGACCCCCUUCAGCAGGUGCCGCUGGUGGAUUCAUCGCUGCAGACCCCCGUGGGCCUGGCUCUGGACUGGCUCCAACACAACCUGUACUGGGCCGACUCCGGCGACAAAUCCAUCUCAGUGGCCUCGGUGGACGGCACCAAGAGACGCGUCCUCGUCAACUCCGACCUCAGUGAACCCCGGGCCAUAGCGCUGGAUCCCCACCAAGGCUUCAUGUACUGGUCCGACUGGGGCACUCGAGCCAAGAUAGAGAAGGCCGGGAUGAAUGGCGUGGACCGACAGGUGCUGGUGGCUGAUAACAUUGAAUGGCCCAACGGCAUCACUCUAGACGUAGACAACAGGCGCCUGUACUGGGUGGAUUCAAAGCUGCACCUCAUAGCCAGUGUGGACCUGAACGGAGCUCAUCGCCGAACACACAUGUCGUCUGCAGAGAGGCUGGGACACCCCUACGCACUGGCUGUUUUUGAGGACCGGAUCUACUGGACAGACAGAGACAGAGCGGCAGUCUUCAUGGCCAACAGGUUGACGGGGCACGACGUUCACACGUUGGCUGAAAACCUCAACGACCCCCAUGACAUUGUGGUUUUCCACCAACUCCGGCAGCCACAAGGCCCUGACAGCUGUAAUCUGGGCAACGUGGCCAACGGAGGCUGUGAGUACUUGUGUCUCAAGGCUCCACAGAUAACCGAACACUCGCCCAAGUACACCUGCGCCUGCCCCGACGGACAGGACCUGGGGCCGGACAUGCGGGGCUGUGUGCCAGGAGCGCCGAGAGACGACAUGACACCGGCGUCAACGACUCCCACGGGGCUUACACCUGGCACCAGUGCAACUGUUGCCGAAGACUUUUCUCCGCCCUCGGGGGGAGUAUCGCAGGCGGACGCCACCCCCCACCUGACCACGGCUCCAUCUGGCACCCCGGAGCCCCUAACACUCCUCUCCACACUCAAGCCUGUGCCGUCACAGGAGUCAAAGGCGCUGGGCUCCCACUCGACAGCCACCGCCAUGGUCAUCUCCACCACACCUGCGGGGGACAGCAGCGUGUCACAGCACUCUGGAGGUGAGCAUUUCCUCCUGGGCGAGAACCUGACAGUCGCUGUUCUGGGAGUGGUCAUCCCCAUCGUUCCUAUUGUUGCCACAGUGGUGUUCGGCCUGGUCUGCGCCGGGGUCUACGUGGUGUGGCGUAACUGGCGGCGCAACUCCACCAAGAGCAUGAACUUUGACAACCCCGUCUACCGCAAGACGACCGGCGAGGGCGAGGAGGACGAGAUCCACAUCGGUCGGACUGACGCCAUGGGACACCACGCGCACCAUCACCCGUAUCCGCCGGGCGUCGGCAUGGGCGUCGUGGGAGCGGGAGGUGGAACGUGCCCGCAGUUCAUCACCCUGCCACUUGGUGGCAGCAUGCCCGAUCCAGGGACUCACUGGUACACGGAGCAGCCCAUGCUGUCUACUGCGAAGUGAUCCACAUGGGCGACUUCAGGAGAAGAUGGCCGCUCAGGCACGCGCACACACAGUGAGGUCAGGGGUGACUCGGACUGAGUCUGCUGAAGGGACAAACAACAUAUCAUCAAGUGUGACAUGCAGCCAUUCACAGCCAUGUACUAUGCCAAUUUCUUUUUCUGAGAAUAACCAAUGUUAAUAGAGAUUAACAUGAUUCUUUACAUAAGUAAUAUCAUACCUUUUUCCUGUGCUGGAUCUAUUUUUUUCCCGCCGGUAAAUGCUGAGAAUUGAUUACAGAAGUAUUAACGUGUGCCAAAUGCAUUCUCAAUAUUGACCUAAUCUGGAAUAUGGAGUCAGACCGGUUCCUGUUUUGAGUCGUCUUUUACAUUGAUAACUUAGUGAGGUGUGUGCUGUGUGUCUUAUAUUUUGUGACAGGGCUAGUGAGAGGUUGUGUUUUGCUAAUGAUUUGGCCUCUAUGCUGUUCCUAGUGGGCUGUGGACCUCCGGGAACACAGGUUAAGAAGGAAAAAGGGAGCUUUGAAAAUGGGGCAGUACCUGCGUUGAUGGGACAAUCUGUACAGAUUCAUGUCAGAGUCAAUCAUAAAUGUCAUUAACGUGUUGUGUGGUUAACAUUGUCCUGGAUGUUUUUGGGGGUGUUUUUUUUGUAAGAUUUUUUCAUUCUCUGAUUGAUUUUAGCCUGCGAAAGUGGGUUGUCCAACAUUUCAGAGUAUAGUUGAUUUGAGGGGUCAUGUUUUUAAUUCACUUCUAACAUCCCUUAGUUUGGGGAGAAUAUGGCAAGCUUGCAGACCGAAAAGGAGAAAAUGGACAGAUACAGUAUUUAGACCUCGUUUCCUGUGAGAGGUUGUCAGAGAGGAGUGGUUUUUAUGAUGGAGUUCCGUCUUCUUAACUGUGACUUUUCUUUUAGAUGUUGAAUGCUUUGGGAGAAGCAAUAGACUGCAGUGUUUUAGUCAGGCCACAGUGUUGUGUGGUUGACAAAACAUUCUCGAGUGUUUAGAAAUUUUUAUUUGAUCACUUCAUUUGCGAAACAAAUGUGUACAUAAAAAAAAAAGGGGCACAGCGAUGACGUCCCACUCACGCUGUUCUCCAGAGGACGGAGACAACGUGCACUUGCCCUCCGAAAACACCGCAUGCAUAAUUGCUCACCAACUGACAAUGAAGCCGUUCGUUGUUCCGGGCAAGACACACGCAUAUGCAUGCGCGCGUUCACAAAAAGCAAGCUGGAUUCCGUGUCUGCUCUCCUCUUGCUGGGGUGGCCGAUAUCUGGGCAGACAGUUGUUGUACUGUGCCAUGUGGGGGAGCCCGGCUGGUGGCUGCAUGACAAGAACGACCCGUCAUGUGAUGCAACCACACACAAAACAAAAAUGAUGUUAGCGAGUAUGAGGCCAACUUGUCCUGUCAGUGAAUAUGUUUCAUGCUGGUUUAUUCCUAUCAUUAAAACUGUUACUCUGUUACUCAAUUUGUGUGUGUGUGUGUGUGUGUGUGUGUGUGUGUGUGUGUGUGUGUGUGUGUGUGUGUGUGUGUGUGUGUGUGUGUGUGUGUGUGUGUGUGUGUGUGUGUGUGUGUGUGUGUGUGUGUGUGUGUGUGUGUGUGUGUGUGUGUGUGUGUGUGUGUGUGUGUGUGUGUGUGUGUGUGUGUGUGUGUGUGUGUGUUCAUUAUUGUGCAUGUGAGUGCAAAUGUUCAUCCCACAGCCAUUUUGAAACUGUUUUGUAUGCUCUUUGUUGCACAACCCUCUUAGAAUGCCUUCUGUAUUGUGCAUUGCAUGGAAGAAAACUGUAUGAAGGUGUGUGUGUGUGUGUGUGUGCGCGCGUGCGUGUGUGUGUUGUAUGGAUGUGAUUGUGUGACACUGGAGAAGCUCUGAGGGUGCUUUUUGAUUCAUUGAUUUGUAAAUAUGUUUUCAUAAGGUUUUUGAUAAUGUAUUAUACAAUUAUGUAAAAGAAAAGAUGUACAUAAGAUUUUAGAUAAAGUGUUGACAGGUAUAUUAAUUUAUUUGUAUAAAAAGGAGAGCACUGCAUUCCCUGAUUGUAAGAAAUUUGAAUUAUCCACCAAAGUGAUUUGUGUUGUUUCUUGCUGUGCAUCAUUUGCCGUCCCUUUUCUGUGCAACCCGUCUUUUAGUUAACCCACGUAACACAUUGUGUCCCUUCUCAAAAAAAACUCCCACAUCUGUGAGAUGCUUCCCAUCCUCAGUGGUAAUGCAAUGAUUGAUUUUUAUUUUUAUUUUGGUUCAUUUGUGCCUUUGUUUACUCUUUUUAUUUUCCUACUUUGUGUUUUUUUUUUCGUUUAAAGAACAGGGAUCAGCCAACUACUUGUACUCGCAAAGAUAAACUGUAAUAAGACCAAACUGGUUUAACUUUUUUCAUUUUCUGUAAUGGAUUGCUUUUGAAUAUCUCUAUAUAUUGAUAUAUAAAAUCUGACUGAAAAUUUC